AAAAAAGAUGCUGACUGGUGCAAGCGACAGAACAGCGCUUUCUGUGAGCCUAUGAGGAGACAGAGAUCAAGUGCAGCGAGGAAAGAGCCGACAAGUGAAGUUCUCAGCGGCAAAGGCCCAGUAGAUCAGGACACUCCUCAGCAGCUCAUGUGAAAGAGUAAGACUUUGGGACUUAACUUCAGCAGAUAUGAGCAUUUUAAGAAACUGACUACUGGGGUUGCUCAAGCUUGGUGUGGGAGGUGAACUAAAGGGGAGAAACUGAGGAACAAGGAGUGAGCUGUGAGGGAGGAAGAGUAAAAGAUGGUGGCAUCUUCAGUGUGAGCUGCGAGUUGGGUGUGAUUUGUACAAUCUGCAGUGUGUGUGUGAGUUUGGUUGCAGAUUUCUGCUGAGCAGAUUGUGUGGUGUCUUGAUUGACUUGAUUGCUGCUACUGAUACUGUUAUGGACUCCACUGCACUGCUGUCUGUGGUGGGCGGGGCUGUCUUCCUGUCAAUCAUCCUUGUAACCAGUCUCUGUACAUACUGCUGGGGGCACAAACAACCAACAUCCAUCCAUCAGAGAUCCAGUGACUCAGAAUACAACCCAACACCAGGUUUUGUGUUUCGGCAGCAUCCCGUGUCAACAUAUGAGCACCACACGGAUCAUACCAGAAUUGGACCUUACCAACCCAACUCACUCAGUUCACCAUCUAUUACUGUCACAAAGGUGCCCUCCUGUCCUCCCUCAGAAACUGGAAGUCAAGCCAGUUAUGUGAAUCAAAACGGUGAGGAGGGAAUCAACAUUCAUGUCGAUGGCCAUGAGAGUGACGAUGAGCCGUAUGUUCAGCCUCCAAGUGAAUACAUAGUUGUUCUUCCAGAUUCCCCAAACACGCUAUCUCAGAGACCCAGCAGAGCCUCAUCCCAGAGCUCAGGAGAACGUUACAUAAAUGUGAAAAAUGAGAAUGCGUCUGAAGUUACAUUUGGCUGUGAGAUGUAUGUGGAUGAAUCAGACUCAGACAUUCCCGAUUAUGAAAAUUGCAAAGAUUCUCAAGUCCACAGAAAACAAACCUACAGUCUGUCUCUUGGAAGUCAAAGCAGUGAUGAACGGGAAAGCUCGGAUUAUGUCAACACAGACCCGAAAUUACAAUAGCCAAAAGGUACCAUGUAGUUCUCGAACUUUACUGUUUGAUUUUCCUCUUACCAAAUGAUGACCGUUAACAGAGUCAGCCCUAAGAAGCAUCCCAAGUUUUCACAUUUCUCCAAUCCAUACGACAGAUUUGCUGACGAUACCUGAGAAUGUUUGUUUGUUUAAUUAACAUUUGCUGUUUAAAGUGGCUUUCGCUUACAAAUGUGAACUUUUUUUUUUGACUCUACCAUGUAAUAUAUAGCUUUUUGUCAUAAAAAUGAAUAAACAUGUUAGCUAUUGGUUUGAAAAUGGCCAAAUAAAAGUUUUACAAUUCA